AUGCCGUCCGACCUCGCGACGGCCAGCGGGUCCGCCGUCAUCCAAGUCCGCGUCGCGGACUACGAGAAACUCCUCGCGGACAUGCUCGGCGACGCGGAGGACAGAGUGAGCGCCGCGGAGGAGCGCGCCGACGACGCCGAGCGCGUCGCGAACGCGAAGAUCGCAGAGGCAGAGGCGUGGAAGCACGAGGUGGCGCUCCUCCACGAGCGACUCGCGCGGCUCGAGCGCGCGGAGGCGACCGAGGGCGCGGCGUCGUCGGAGAGCUACGACGCGUGGCGCGCGCAGCAAGAGGGCGGCGACCGCGGCGCCGACGCGGACGAGGCGCGGAGGCUGAGGGAGGAAGUCGCGCGGCGCGACGUCGAGAUCGAGGCGCUGGACGCCGCGUCGAGAGCGCGGACGGAGGAGCUGAGAUCGGAGAAGGACGCGCUGCGCGCGGUCGCGGACGAGCACCGCGCGCGCGUCGUGACGCUCGAGGGGUACAUCGCGGAGUGCGCGGCGACGGUGCCGGAGAGCGUGGCGUUCUGGUCGCUGCGGCCGCCGGAGGAGACGCCCGCGGCGGCGGCGGAGGGUGGAGGAGGAGGAGCUCAAGGCGCGUUCUAUCUCACACUGGUCCCCAUACGACCGCGUCGGCGUGGUGAACGCCGAUCCUUAAGGACUUUUGCCGGCGUCUCUCUGCGCCCACCCCUCGCUUUCAAUAACCGCCCUCGACGCCUUUCAACUCCGUUUCUGACGCCUUUCAACUCCACCCCGACAUUCGCUACCAGCGCGCGCGGGACCGGGGCUGGCGCCGUCGACGCCCGGGGCGACGACGACCACCCCGGGCGGCGUUCACCUCGACGUUCUCCCCGGGGGCUCGUCCGCGCGGCCGAGCACGCUGCGUCCGAAGCACACGCGGAGUAA